CACCAAUUCCCAUCAAACAACAGACCAUCCGAAACGUCCUUCCAAGAUGCCAGCGACGGCGUCAAUACGGACAGGCGGGAAGCCGGUAGGCAUUCAAGAGCUCUUGACCACCUUUGACGACUACCCUCGCAUCGUCAAGGAGAGAGAUGCAGCUCGAUCCCAGAUUGUGGCAUCAUCGCGAGCUGUCAGCGCCGCAGAAGAGAAACGAGAUCAAGCUAUCCUGGACUUGGAGAAGGAGAAGGCUGCGAGAUCUAUGGAUGCGUCGAGAGCUGUUCAGGAGAGAAAGGAUGCUGAGAAAGCCGUCGAAGCUUCCGUCCGUGGCGAGCUCAAACCGAGGAUCACCGAAUUGGAAGGUCGUGUGAAGGACCUGACUCAACAACGAUCCAAAUUGACGGACGAAAUAUCCACUUUGCGCCGUCAAAUGGCCUCUUGGAUCUCAUCUAUGGAGCGACUACACAAAGAGCGCAGCAACGCGGCCGAGCAGGAGAAGAAGGCCGAAGAAUCUAGAAUGGCGUUGAAUGAAAAGCUGAGAGAGUUGGACACGCAAAUCCUCGAAGGAUUGAAGUUAUCUUCCAAGGAGCCUCCGACGCCGGCGUUCGCCUCAGCAGGUUCUCGGGAUGGUUCUGUCUCCCGGACGACAUUGGCAUCAAGGGAUUGAGCACUUUGCGGAUAUCGAUAGAGAUCCCGUGAAUAUUUUUCUUGGACAUUGUCUAGCCUUGAAUGCGCCUCUUGGAGCAAGUGCUAGUUGUAUAGUCGUCCCGUACACACUUUCUUAUAAUACAUCAGAUGCAUUCAGCUGGU